GGGGGGGGGGGGGGGGGGGGGGGGGGGGGGGGGCACUCUAUAGCUUGCUUCUUCUUCAAGAUCUUAUCUCUGCUCUGCUUACAAUUUAAGCUCAAAUAGCACUCUCACUUGAAAGUGAUGCACAAAUAUUCUCCGGAAUAUUUACCCAAUCUAUUGCUUUGGUGGUUAUUCGAGGACUCCGCUGCUGCGCAACCCAAAUCUCUCCUUCACAUACAUACUGAUAGAGAAGAAGAUAUCAGAGAGAGAAAGGGAAACAGAGGAAUUUGAUGGAUUCGGGCAGUAGCCGGAAUUUCCAGAACCAGAGUGAGCAAUCCGGGUCGGGUUUGCUGCGGUUUCGAUCGGCUCCGAGCACCCUUCUCUCCAAUUUCGGCGGUCAGGAGCAGGGAGCAAUCGGCGAUGAUUCCCCCGCCAUGGGGUUUCGAGAAUUGGACGGCAAAUCCGCCGCCAAAGUGAAAGGAGCGGCAAACAGCGGCGGCGGGUACCCGAAUUCUUCGACGCUGGCCCGGAGUUACUCCGGGUUGCCGCCUCAUUAUCCGAAGGCCGAUACGGCGUCGUCGGGCGUGGAUAGGGAUGGUUCCUACGGCUUGAUGAUGGCUUCCUUGGGGAUAAACCAGAACGAGGCGGCGAGGACGCUCAAGACAGUUGACUAUUCGAGUUUGGGGAGGCAGAGCAGCUCCCCUGCUGGAUUUUUUGAGGACCUUUCUUCUCACAAUGGUAAUUAUCCAAGCAUGAAGGGCUACAAUCCCACUAAUCAGAUGGGUGCUAAUAAUGGCGGGGAAGAAAGCAGCCCGAGACAGAGACCGCAACUUAGCUUCUCGUCGAGGAUUUCUCCUUCCAUGACAAUGUUGUCGUCCGACAUUGAUCUCGAACAUGUCUCCCCAAGCAGCCCGGAGAGCCCGAGCCUCGUCGGUGUCUACGGCGGUGCAGGGUUCCCUUACGGCGGGGCAUCAUGGAACGAGCCCCAUUUCGGCGACACUGCUUCGAUUGCUCAUCAUCACCGCCAGAAUGGAGGAGAGAUUGGAGUCCACGGGUUGUCCCGCCACUUGAGCUUGCCCAACAAGGCUGGUGCUUCAGGGGAGAUGGACACUUUCCUGCGGUUCCAGGAUUCUGUUCCUUGCAAGAUCAGAGCCAAGCGUGGCUGCGCCACUCAUCCUCGAAGCAUUGCCGAAAGAGUGAGGAGGACUCGGAUCAGCGAAAGAAUGAGGAAACUACAAGACUUGGUACCAAACAUGGACAAGCAAACCAACACAGCCGACAUGCUGGAUUUGGCGGUUGACUACAUCAAGGAUCUUCAGGCACAGUACAAGGCAUGUUCCCUCAACACAUGACCAAACAUGCACUAGGGAGGGAGACAUUAGUGAAGAGACUUGUACAGGAGGAAGAAUAAUAAUGUUGUACUAGUCCAUGCAAUAAAAUUUUGUUGAGAGAAAUUUUACACGCUAGCUACGAAUGAACCGGUAGUCUGAACUUUUAUCACAACAGAAUUUUUUU